ACAGACACAUUUACAGCGACGCCACAUCGCUAGCUUUCAAGAUGGCGGCGCCCGUAAUUGAAACAUGCCAUGUAGCUUGUUGUGCAAACAGAACUCCAAAUGUUGUUUCUUGGGGUCGUGGGGGGACUAUUGCCUUUGGGACAUGUACCUCCGUAGCUCUGUACGACCCGCAGGAGAGGAGAGUUGUGGCUGUGCUGAAUGGACACACAGGACGAGUGAAUACAGUCCAAUGGAUUCACAGAGAGGACUGUGCUCCAGAGAGUCAUCUUGUCUCAGGAGGCUCAGACAAUCGGCUCAUCGUAUGGGAAGUUAAAAAUGGGAAGUUCAUCGAGUCGGUGGAGUGUAAGGGCCACACUGGUCCAGUUUGUGCUGUGGAUGCUAUCUAUGUGGAGGACCCAAAGAUCCUGGUGGCCUCCUCAUCAUCCGACUCCACAGUCAGACUGUGGCUCUGCAAUGGAGCAAAAGAAGCCGAGUGCCUCCAUACCUUAUCAUUUGGCAGCAGUUUCAUGAUGGAUGUCUCUCUGGCACUGUUGCCAGGCAGCAGAGUUCCCAUACUGGCCUGUGGGGGUGAUAACUCUCAGGUGCAUCUGUAUGUGCUGUCCAACGGAGAGCUCCAGAAGGCCAUGUCACUGCAAGGGCAUGACGACUGGGUUCGUGGAGUGGCUUGGGCCUCUCUAGGUGGGGAGCUGUUAUUAGCCAGCUGUUCCCAGGACUGCCUCAUCAGAGUGUGGAGGCUGUGUGCCAAGUCUGGGACAGACGCCCGCAUAGAGGACAAUCUCACCAUCAUCAAAAUGAAAGAGGACGUUUUUAAAGUGAAGGAUGGAGACGUGUCCUCAGUGUUUGCUGUGUCUCUUGAGACGGUCCUGGCAGGCCAUGAGAACUGGGUCUAUGGAGUCCACUGGCAGCCUCCUCUCUACAAAGGUGGUGAGCAGAAACAGUUUCUCAGUCUGCUUUCUGCCUCCAUGGACAAAACCAUGAUCCUCUGGGCUCCUGAGGAGGGAUCUGGAGUAUGGGUGGAGCAGGUGCGUGUAGGGGAGGUUGGUGGCAACACUCUGGGUUUCUACGGCUGCCAGAUGAGUCCGGAUGGCUCCAUGAUCGUGGCUCACGCUUUUCACGGAGCGCUACAUCUCUGGUGCAAAGACAAAGACCGACAGGGACAUUGGAGGCCUGGGGUUGUGAUAUCGGGUCACUUUAACGAGGUCCAGGACCUGAGCUGGGAUCCUGAGGGGGAGUUCAUCCUCAGCGUGGGCUCGGACCAGACCACCAGACUCUUCACUCCGUGGAGGAAACAAGAUGCCAAACAGGCGACCUGGCAUGAAAUCUCACGGCCACAGAUCCAUGGAUACGACAUGCAGUGUCUGGCAAUGGUUGGAAGGUUUCAGUUUGUGUCGGGAGCUGAUGAGAAGGUCCUGCGGGUGUUUCAAGCACCUCGUAAUUUUGUGGAGAACUUUGCUAACAUCUCUGGAACCUCGAGAGAAAAGCUUUUGACAUCUAGUGACUCUGCCAGCCUUCCAGAAGGAGCCAGCACACCUGCCUUGGGUCUGUCCAACAAGGCUGUAUUUCAAGGUGACCUUGCCCAAAAAACCAAUGAAGAAGAGCGGCAGUUCAACAGUGUAUCUGAUCAGUACCAGGAGUCUUACUUCCACCCACUCAUCAUGACUGAGCCCCCCCCAGAGGAUCAUCUUCUCCAGAACACUCUGUGGCCUGAGGUCCAGAAACUGUACGGCCACGGCUUUGAGAUGUUCUGUCUCGCUUCAGACAGCGCCAGGACGGUGGUGGCAUCUGCAUGCAAGGCAUCUAAGGCCGAGCAUGCAGCAGUUCUGCUGUGGAGCACAGCCACAUGGCGCCAGCUGCAGACGCUGCCGAGCCACACCCUCACCGUCACCCAGAUGGCCUUCUCCCCUGACGCACAGCUCCUAUUGGCUGUUUCGCGGGAUCGCACCUGGUCUUUAUGGAGACGGAACCUACCCACACCUGAAAGUCCAGAGCCCCAGUUCUCGCUGUAUGCACACACAGGGAAGAACACAGCCAUACACAGCCGCAUCAUUUGGUCAUGUGACUGGAGCCCAGACAGCAAAUACUUUGUGACAUCCAGUCGGGACAAGAAGGUGAUAGUGUGGGGACCGUGCAGAUUAGAGGACUCUGGAGACACUAUAAUUCCUCCUGAAAUUAAACCAUGUUCUUCCAUCUUGGAUGUGGGAGAUUCUGCUACUGCUGUGGCUUUCUGCCCCGUACUCUGCUCUGAAAACAGCUACCUGCUUGCAGUGGGGCUGGAGUCUGGCAGGAUAUUGCUGUACAGGUGGAGACCUGGCCAGGAGCCUGCGGGAGGCCGUGACUGGAGCAGCUGUGGAGAAACGGACAUCUUACAAAGCCAUGCUUUGAGGGUCAAGAGGCUUCGCUGGAGGCCCAGGACCGGCCGAGUAGGUCAAGAGAACAACAAGAAAGAUGGACAGACUGACGGAGAGAGUGAAGUCGAGGAGGAAAGCUCCUGGGUCCAGCUUGCUAGCGCCAGCGCCGACCGUUCUGUCAAAAUCUUCAACAUCAACAAACGGGCUCUUUAGCACCACCAACAGUGACACUAUUGUGUCUCUCACGCGCAGAGAGACACUUGGACUGAGGGCCGCGGGCCUGACUGUGGC